AUGAGCAAAGUGGUUGAGGGGGAUCAAUUCUUCCAGCAACGUCGAAAUGCAGCUGGGAAGCUUGGUUUAUCACCGUUGCAGAAAUGCACCGCUGCAAUAAGAAUGUUAGCGUAUGGCGUAGCCGCAGACGCUGUGGAUGAAUAUUUACGUCUCGGCCAAACAACCUCUAGGCAGGCAUUGCAACAUUUCUGUCAAGGGGUUAUUUCACAAUUUGAAAGUGAAUAUCUACGAAAACCUACAGAUGAAGAUUUAAGGAGAAUCCUUCAUCAAAAUGAUCUGCGUGGUUUUCCAGGGAUGAUUGGUAGUAUAGACUGCAUGCAUUGGGAGUGGAAGAAUUGUCCUACUGCUUGGAAGGCACAAUAUGCUGGUCGUAGCAAGAGUGCAACUCUCAUUCUUGAAGCUGUUGCUGAUCAGGAUCUAUGGAUUUGGCAUGCGUUCUUUGGAAUGCCUGGGUCAUGUAACGAUUUGAAUGUCCUUUACCGUUCACCGGUAUUUGAUGAUGUUUUACAAGGUCAUGCACCACCCAUAAAUUUUACGGUUAAUGGACAUCAAUAUGAGUUGGGCUACUACUUGGCCAAUGGGAUUUACCCGAGAUGGACAACUUUUAUACAGGGUAUAACACAUCCUCAUGUUAGAAAAGACAAGUUGUUUGCUGAUCAACAAGCAGCAGUUCGGAAAGACGUCGAACGGGCUUUCGGAGUUUUACAAGCUAGAUAUUCUCUGUGA